AUGAAAAUUUUUAUAAAAAUAAUUUUAAUCUUCUCAUCAAUAAAUUCAUCAUUUUCUGUUUUAUAUGAACUAGAAAAUUCAUUAAUUGGCCAACCAAAUAUUAGUUGCCAUCCAGACACUAUAGAAAUGAGAUUUAGAACGAAGCGUCCUUUUACUGGGAAAAUUUAUGUUCAGGGGCAUUAUAGCAACCCAGACUGUAGAGUAGACUUUGGACAGGCUGGAGGUGCUGAACACGAUGGACGUGGAGGCAUUCGUUUGCAUCAUGGAUCGUGUGAUAUGGACAGACAGAGAAUGGUGCAACCGGAAGGAAUGCAAUUCUCUACAGUUUUAGUUAUUUCUUUCCAUUCUCUUUUCGUUACAAAAACGGAUAGAGCAUUUCAUAUAAAUUGUAUGUAUAGAGAAGAUAGUCAAACAUUAGAUUCUGAAAUGACUGUAGGGUUGGUAUUUAUUUUUAUAAACCUUUUUAUUUACACUUUUAUUUUCGCCGAAAAAUAA